CGGAAUUAAUCAAUCGAAUAAAUUCCAUUCCACUCGUCAUGACUGUGGAGAUACCAGAGCAAUGGCCUGUUACAUUGAUUUAUUUUUUCUUGUCCUGCGCUGGCUUCGGAAUCGCUGAAAACAGGAGUCAGAGGAGAAUUUUAAAUAUUUCCCUCGCGAUUUUUAUUACGAUGUGCGCUGUGGCUAUGUACGUCAUGUCGAUGAAUUUGUUGUACAAUAUUCGCGAAGGGAGUGACAGUCAAGAAAUUCUAACAAUUCUAUUCUCAACUGUAAUUGCUGCUCUCGUGACCUUCAAAUUGAUUUCAUUUUUGACAAGACGUACGGCAUACGAGGGACUUUUACUAAUUACUCGAGAGAAAUUAUGGAGGAAUUCCUGGACAGAUUACGGAAUACUAGUGCUGGAAAAAUGUGGACAUCAGGCAAAAGUCUUUCUCUUCGCUUUUGUAAUUAUAGGGCAUAUUUGCGGAGCAACUUUCAUCCUAGAACCAAUUUACCUGAUGAGGAAUGAGAAUAUUACAAGUGCGAGUCAUCGUCGAUUGCCUUUUGAAAUAAGAAUCGGUCUCCCCGGACACGAAACUCCAUAUUACGAAUUAUUUUUCUUCAUCGACGCGUUCGGAAUUUAUAUAGUGACAAUUUUGUACUUCUGCUUUGAUUAUUAUCUCGUUCUGGUGAAUAUAUUUAUUGUCGGUCAGUUCGACAUCCUGAAGGACAGAUUUGAGGAUAUUUAUAGGAAUCGACGAGAAAAAAUCUCGGGGGAUGGCAUGGGCUCUGCCCUCAUGGAGUUCAAACAAUGCGUCAUGCAGCACCAGUUCCUCAUAAAACUUGUGAAUGAUGUCGAGAGUCUUUAUAAGAUCAUGAAUUUGUUUCAAUUACUCGUGUACAGUUUCGUCAUCUGCAUGGUCAGCUAUCAAUUACUUACGGCGACAAAUGCUUUUUUCGUCUUCAAAUUUGCGUCAUUCGGAACUGGAAAUCUUCUGCAGCUGUUCGCCAUCACUUUGACAUGUCACAAUAUCAAAAUCGCGAGUGAAGAAGUGGCGGUUGGAAUUUAUCGCUCGAGCUGGUACCACGAGAAUUUUUCCAAGAAGGGACGCGAGUUAUCCAGGAAUUUCCUCCUCGUCUUCAUGAAGACGCAGUACCCUUGCUAUUUAUCAGGAUGUGGAUUCUUCCCAAUUACUCUAGACACUCUUAAAUCGAUCAUCACCACGGCAUUCUCGUAUUUGACAUUAAUAAGGGAAAGCAUGAAGUAGAUAUUUUUACAAUUAAUUGUUGACUAUUGAUUAUUGGA